AUUAUGCUUUCGGGUGUCUCGUUCUCUGCCCAUUAGGGUAAAUACGGUUCAUAAUACACCCCCAAAAAUGGUGAGACGUCGAAAAGCCUCCAAUAACCAUCCUGAGUUUUUCAAAGUUUAUUUUCCCGAGAAGAGCUCUCAGCAACUGUGUGUGCCACCAGCUUUUAUCAAGCAUUUUAAUGGAACAAUACCAACUAAGGCCAUCCUUAAAGAUCUCAGUGGGAAAUGUUGGCAUGUGGAGAUGGAAGAUGUUGAAAAUGGUGUCUUUAUUAAGAAUGGCUGGCAAUGCUUUGUGAAUCAUUAUUCUGUAGAGCUCGGAGACUUCUUAGUUUUUAGAUACAAUGGAAAUUCUUUAUUUAAUGUUAGAAUAUAUGGUAGGAACGGAUGUGGGAAGGAAGAUUCUUUAGCUAUUGAGAAGACUCUCACAUGUGUUAAGAUUGAAGAAGAAACAGAAGCAGAGCGGACUUUUCCCAAGCACACUAACGUUCGCAAGAGAAAGUAUUCCGAAAUAAGCUGCAAAAGAUCUCCAAGAUCAAUAGGUUUACUUGGACCAAUUCAGCUUAGGCCCCGAAGAAUUGCUUCCGAAAGCAUUCAAGAGCAGAAGGUCUCUGAAACAGCAAAGACGACCUUACCAAAAAAUCCUUAUUUUAUUGCAACUUUUCGUACGUCAAGGACAUACGCUCUGGUUGAUUCAGCAAUCAAAUGCUUUACUGUUUUCCAAGAUUUUAAGCUAGUAUCAAGGCUUGAAAGGAGGUUCAGGGGAAAGAUGUUUGCAGAGAAGAACAUUCCUAAAUGCUUGGUGAACAAUAAUAAUAUUAACAUCAAGCCACAAAUGGUGUUCCGUGAUCAGAAUCAGAAGUCGUGGCCUGUGAGAGUUGUUUCAAGGAAGGAUGGUCGGGUGGAUUUUGCCCAAGGGUUCAGGAAAUUUUUGAAGGAUAACAGCCUCAGGUUAAAUGACAAGUGCAUAUUUGAGUUCUUUCCUGGUGGAGGAAGAAGCAGCAGCAAAGAAAUUCAGGUACAAAUUAUCCGUGCAGGGGCAAGAACUCAAAAAAAGUCCAUAAGAAGAAGAGUCUGUGAAUUUGGGGCAUGA